GAUUUGGAUUCGUGUCAUUCGUAUGUGUGGCCGUGGAAGUAGUUUUCAUCAAUAUAGAAGUGCAGUUGGUGUGUAACUCACUUCAAAAAAGUAUUGUACCAGAAGCACUUCUUUUAUAUUUAGUACAUAGCUGUUAUUUUUAGACACAACACACAAAAAUGCCUGCUUCUCCAAGUUCGACGAAUGUGGGUUCCGGUGGAAGAUCCCCCUCAAAAGCUGUAGCUCCCAGGUCUUCUAUGGGAAGCAGUGUAAGGCAAAGGAAAACGACCACCACAACUACUACUGCCAGGAGGAAUACAGGAGCAGGAACUGGAGGCAUGUGGCGUUUUUACACUGACGAUUCUCCUGGCAUCAAAGUGUAAGUACGAAAUUAGUGUUUGUGUAACUAUAUUGAUCAUACACUCAGUGAUUGUUUAGUUUCUACAGAAAUCAAAACCAUAUUGUUCACUGUUAAACCCUAUUAUACCAAACAAUGAUUGAUUGUUUGGUUUUUACAGAAAUCUAAAGUAUAUUUCCAGAUGUUUUUCAUUUAAAAGUUUUUCAGAUCUAUUUUAUUUAGAUAUUUCUUAGAUUAGGUAUGUUCUAAUUCUAGCAAAGCAAAAAACUUAUUGUAUGUGGUUGUUAUUGUUAAUAUAAUACUUUUUAUAAAAUAUGAUACAUAUUUCAUACUGUUACCAUUGUUUUCACUAUUUCUGUUUUUUUCUUUUAUUAGAUUUAACUUUUAAUAUAUUUAUGUUGGAUUUGUUACUCUAAAGGAUAAAUUGUUCAAAUGAUCCUACUUUCGUAUCAAAUGCUUUAUUCCUCACAGUGUUAAUUGAUCAAAAUUCACUUGUUGUUGAGAUCACAGUUUUUGGCCUUUUUUGCUGUUUCCUCUAAUUGUACCAUAAUGUGUUGGUCUAUUGAUGUGAAUUUGUUGAAUGAAUUCUGUCUUUAUCUCUUUUAUUUUGUUUUUAUAUUUAUAGGUUUAACUUUUUUGUUUGUUUUUUGUCAAGAUUUGAUAUUUUGUGGUUAGUUUGUUCCCAAUAUUUACUAGAGUUCUAUACUGGGAGAGGUGAGUGGUCUUUUCAUUCCCUUCUCAUCUCACUUUACCAUGACGAACGUGACUCGCACAAAUGAAUUACACAUCUAUGUAUCAGAGAGAGAAGAAUAUUUAAAAUUCCGUAGUAGCUUAUUUUAGGCAAACGCCAAGAACGAUGAAACCGAGUUUAUCUUCUUUUUCAUGUGCCAUAUCAGAAUUGUUUGAUGUUGGUGGUCACCAAUGUGAAGGCUUCUCGAUCUUGUGCCAUGUGGAAUCAUUGUCCUGCAUUUGAUAUCUGGGUCCAUUCACUGAUGUUUUUAAUCAAGAAACCUGUUUUCUUCCUACACCUCUAUGACCUUCUAUUUUGCCUUUAAGGAUCAGUUGUAGUAUUCUAUGUCAAUUUUUCCUCACUUUAUGUCAGAGAUAAGACAUUUUCCAAUAUUUAACAGUCUUUAGCCCUAUCUUUGUUGACCCUCCUUAGUACUUCCUUACUAGUUUUUCUUGCUGUUCAAGGUAUCUUCAGCAUCCGUCUAUGAAUCCAUAUUUCCAAUGCUUCAAUUCUGUUCAUGCUUGAUACAGUAUCCACACUUUUGCUCCAUACAAAAGUACAGACCAAAUAUAUAACUUUAUCUUAGUUCCAAACUGAUAUGAUUAUUGCAAAGAAAUGUCUUCAUUCUCAUAAAAGUAGUAUUAGUAAUUGCUGUUGUGUGUUUUUAGUCAUUUGAUUGUAUGUAGGUUUUUUAUUCAAUGGCCUUCAACUUAACUUAUAAUGAAAUCAGUUUUUUUCUUCAUUGUUUUAUUGAGUCAUAUAACAUUUCCUAUUGAUAGGAUGCUACAGAUUUCUAGAAUGUAUUUUGCAAUUGGCUUUUUAGUUCUGGACCAGAUGAAUAUCGAGAUAUACAUUAAAAAUAUUUUAUCUUGAAUAACUUGAAAAAUACCAUAACUAAACUACAUUCAUUUUACAUAUUCCCAAUUGUCAACAGACACACAUGAAAGCCAAACAGGGUCAUAUUGAUGUGUAUCAUAUGAUUUUUAAAAAUUUACUUUUGAAACUAUUAGUGUAAGAAUUUCUUGAAAUUUAAUCAUUAAAUCACAAUUAAACUAAACUCCAAAAAAUAAUACCAGUAAAUAACUUAACAUUAACUAUAACAUAAAUAUAACACACAAUAUAUUAAGUUAAAAUCCAACACGAUACAAUUUGAAUUUAAACAAACUGGCAAGUUUGGAUCUAUAUCAUGAGAAUCUGUCUCACUUAAGGCGAUAAAUUAUAUUUAAUAGCCUCUUGACGAAUGAGAGGGCUAAUAUCAACACAUGUGUGUGUAUUUACAGAUGGGAAUUUGAUAAACGAAUGAACUUUACAUCAAAAGUCCAUAAAAUUAGCCAAAAUAAACUUGUGCAAAUAACCAAAAAAAAUUCCAGUACAUAAAAAUGAAAAUAUACAUAAAAAAUAGUUUGAACAGAGAAAAAGAUUCAACUUGUACAUAACUUUUAAAAAAUUGCCCCAGUUCGCCUAAUUAACCAAUUUCAAUUUUCUAAAAUGGGUUUGAAAGGUUGAACAGCUUGAAAAAUAGGGGUCUGUAAUGUGAAUAGUUUGUUCUAGAUGUUUUCUACAUUUUAAUUGAAACAUAUUAAAAUGUUAGCAAUAAAUGAGUUUUUGACAAAAGUCCUAUAAACAAGUUAAGAUUUGUUAAAGAUUUUAAAGAUCCAAACAACUAUUUGUUUCAUAUCCUUGUAAUUCUUUGUGACAACAUUGUCCUUCUUGUUGAACACAAAUGUGCCACAACCCUAAAAGUUUUCAAUUUCAACUUAAUUUACUAUGAAGUACUGAAAUUUAUUUCUUUUUAUAAUAAUUCUAUCACCUUGAUAAUGUUUAUAUAAUGUUAGAAUAUAUUUAUGGUUUAUAGAGUGUGAUGUGGAGGCGUAACAUUCUAUAUGUCACUUGUAUCACUCUCUGAUAAUAUUCAUCAAGUAUCUGUUCUAAUUGUAGUACUGAUCUUUGGUUGAUCUUAGACUUUUUGUAUCAUACUCAUCUGCUCGAAGAUGGAUUUGAUGUCUUUUGUUUCUAAGGUUUCUUAUUGUAUAUUUAAUACACAUAAAAAAAUCUCUUCCAUCUCUGUUGUUCAAAAUUGUGGUUGACUCUUUUUGGACAUAUAGAUUGAUGCCUCUUGAUUCAAUUCUUCUAUCAUAUAUAUGUUCAUAUAUUCAGAUAGCAUGAUCUGUUAAGAUUUUUAAGAUCAUGGAGAGACUCUUAAAUUAUUUUUGAAGUAUCCUAGGAGAUAUUUGAGUGAAAAUCCUUGCAGUUUGGAAUAAUGCUUUGGUUAUAUAAACUGAUACUUUCAAAAUGUCAAUUGGAAUAGUUUUGCAUAUUAUAUUCCAUCCCAAAUAUAUGAAAAAUCAGGCAGGUUCAACCCUAACUUAUCCAUAUUUUGGUGCAGAAUCUGUUGCUACAUAUGAAUGAUCCUAAGCCUGUACAAAUUUUUGUGUUACUCACACUAGCUGAUGCACCCUGCUACAUCCCACUAUCUCUUAACAACACAAACAUAAGAAAUUUAAUAUUCCAUAUAGAUUUAUUACUACAUCAAUCAGACUUAAUUUCGAACAGCUUCCCCAACAUAUUCCUAAAAUUGAUGUUACAUCAACAUUAUGCCCAUACUGUCUUCAGAAAAUAAAAUAUUGUAUGAGGGUCUGAUCGAUUUUUUGUCUAAAAUUUAUCUUAGGUUAUUCUUUUUCUAUUUGUUAUUUUACCUACCUUACCUACCUUGUUGUUCAACUAAGUCUUACAUUCGUUGGUAAUGUUUAUAUAGUUUUCUUACCAUAUACUUUCAAUUUCGCUAACAGAUAGUGAUUUAACAUAGUAAAUUUUGUGUUUUCAUGUGCUAAUAUUUAACUUUGAUGAUGUGGUAGAGAAGCUUACUACAUUAUCUAAUCAAUAAAAAAAUAAUGAAAGAUAAAACAUCUUGAAUCGACAAUAAAUUGACUAAACCAAAUAAUUUUCUACUGCACAUGUAUUGAUUAAACUUUUUUUGUUUUUCAGAGGUCCAGUCCCAGUCUUAGUAAUGUCUCUUCUAUUCAUCGCGUCUGUAUUCAUGUUGCACAUCUGGGGAAAAUACACGAGAAGCAGCUCAUAGAUGAAAGUUUAGCGUUUCAUCAUUCCAUCUUCCAUCUAUUUAAUGCAUUUUUGAACUGUAUAUUUUAUAUUGUUAUAAGUAUAAAAUGAAGUGUUUUUGAUUUAUAUAUAUCAUAAAUUUAAUGGAAAUACACUCCUUUUCAU